ACACAUUACGUGUCAGGUCGAGGAAGCUUUCAUUGCCACCUAUUCAUCAUAGGUUGUCUUUGCACGCAGCACGCUCUUCUUCUUCCUUUCACUUGCCUUUCUCUUUCGGCUUUUCCUUCUCUGCUCAGUAGUAACUCACAUCCAAAUUGGCUUUCACGUUUUUGGUUAUCUGGGUCUUGAUCAUUUCUCUGAAAGUUCCUUCUUCUCGUGAAUUCAUUGCCUUGAAAGAUAUUUCAAUUUUCAAGUUCUGCCAUUGCGCGUGGAUGCUUCGUUUCAUCAAAGUGACUUUCUAAUAUUUUCCACAUUUAGCCUUAUUCUAUCAAUCGCAGUUCGUGCAGUUAUUUGAUGCCACAGCAUUUGGUGAAAGCUCAAGAAAAGUUCCUGUUUUUGCCAUUGAUAUAGGAUACAGGGAUGCUGCAUGGUGAAACACUAUCGACAUUUUCAACAUGUAAUGCAUGAGGAGGAAGAGCUUUCAUUUUACUAAUUAAUGGCGUUGAUUUUGGAGCUAUUGACCAAUAUAAUACUCUUGGUGACGAAGCCUUUCUCUCUCCUUAAUCUGGCAUUCUGGUUUGGUAUCAAAAUCGCAUUAACUGUCAUAUAUACUUGGACGGAAUUGAUCAGGACUACUAUUAGCUUCUAUGUAAACAUAGUAUUAAGUGUUAUCACAUGGACAUGUGCUCUUAUUUCCCUGCCUGCAAGAGCAGUGAAUGUCUUUCAAAAGGAGAGGGAGCUAGAACAAAAACUACAGGAAAUGCAGAUAGAGCUGGAGAAUCUGGUGAGGGAGAAGAAAGAACUUGAAGAACAUUUUCAAAUGGUUGUCAAAGAGCGCAGAAUGGUGGAGAUACUGUUGGCAGAGAUUGAAGAAGAGCAUGAUAUGGCGAUUGCAAAAAUCGAAAAGUUAGAGGGAAAGUUGCGGGAUCAGAGAAAUGAAAAUCUUCGGCUGAAAGAAAUUCGAGGAAAGGGCUCCAGAGAUCAAAACAAAAGUGAGAAAUUCAAGAAGAUUUCCCUUCAAGAUCUUCUAACGAGCAAAGAUAUGGGGGAAGAUGAGAGCAAAACCAGAAGUGAGUUGCUUAAACUGUUGAAAACCGGUUCAAAGUCAGGGUCAGUUAAUUCCGAAAUGAUAUCAAAGGAUGUAGAAACGAUGGAAACAGUAACACUCGACCAUCAUCGAGACAUUGCUCUGUCACAAUCACUUUUCACUGCCCUUAUGUCACUUGUGGUUGGAGUCACUGUGUGGGAAGCUGAGGACCCUUGCAUGCCUCUUGUGGUGGCUCUCUUUGCCGUAGUAGGCAUGUCCUUGAAGAGUGUGGUGAAGUUUUUCUCCUCCAUUAGAAACAAACCUGCAUCUGAUGUUGUUGCACUUUUAAGCUUCAAUUUGUUUAUUCUUGGCACUCUAUCCUACCCUACCUUACCUAAGGUUGUUCGCAUGCUGGUUUGAUCUCUUUUUCUUUAGCUACAUAUUGCUGUUUCUUUUCUCUUGUGUUGUAUGAUAUCAUGUGCAGUGUAAUCUGAAUUUUAUGUUCUUUUUACUGUCAGCUAGGAAACAAGAUUUUGUGUUAUUUACCAUUUUUCAGAGCUCAUAAAAAGUUGUUCUUUUGUUUAUGUAAUAUUUUACAGCAUUAAUGUUGUUGUUAUCU